GCUCAGGUAAUACUGCACCUCACAAACACACUGAAUUUAAACACACACACUCUCGUGCCACUGUGUAGCGGAUUAUACAGCACACACUCUGGACUCGGACACCUCAAACCUCCAUCACACACCGAGCAGGAGCGCAAUGGCCUCCAGUGAACUGAGCAACAUCCUGAAUAACGCUAACGCGAACCUGUACCCAAGCGAACCGAGCCUGCACGCUGCCAGCUUUCCUACAAUAAACCGCAGCACACCGUUUAAUGACACACACUACUGCAACAACAACAGCAAUACUGUACACAACACAGCGGGUCCAUGGCAGCAGGUGAACCCUCAGUUCUGGAGCAGGCGGAAUGUUCUGGACUGGAUUGACUUCCAUAUCGAGGAGAGUAAAUACGACGCCACGCUGCUGAACCUGGACUGCUGUGACAUGGACGGCUCAGUGCUGUGCUCGCUCAGCAGGGACGCCAUGAUGGCCACCUUCGGGCCGCAGCUCGGGGAGACGCUACACCAGAGCCUUGAGAACCUCAAACACAAACACAUUGAUGACAUCACACAGAACUGCAUGCUGAACGAGACCUAUGAGCUGCUGAGCAACUUCCUGUUCGACCUCCCCCAAUCACCGUUCAACAACGGUCCAACACUCGACAGCGUAAUCAUCCAGAACGGUCCCACAGGUAAGAAAGAGAGCGAUUUCAGCUUCUAUGAGUAUAAAACACAGCUAACGCCGGGAAGUGACAACGGCUAUGACUCGUACUCAGAGAGUCUGCAGAGCUCCAUCACAGGAAGUUUCUUGAACCCGAGUUCUCCGGAAUCCGCUGGAAGUGAUUCAGAUCAUGAAUACACAGAGACGCACUACACCUACUCACCAAAGAGCUUCAUUAAACAGGAGCCUGUGGAGAAGAAGAGACGAGGUCGACCUCCUAAAUUGAGCCGUGGCUCUGAGCACUUCGUCGAGAACAAAAAGAACAAACAUGCUCCACGCGGUACACACCUAUGGGAAUUCAUCCGUGACAUUCUGAUCCACCCGGAGAAGAACCAGGGCCUGAUGAAGUGGGAGGAUCGCAGAGAUGGUGUCUUUAAGUUCCUGAAGUCGGAGGCUGUGGCUCAGCUCUGGGGUCAGAAGAAGAAAAACAGCAGCAUGACUUACGAGAAACUGAGCCGAGCUAUGAGGUAUUAUUACAAGAGAGAAAUCCUGGAGCGAGUGGACGGCCGGAGACUGGUCUACAAGUUCGGGAAGAACUCAAGCGGGUGGAAGUUGGAGGAGUUGGGAAUGUGACGGGAACAUGGAAGGUGUCACAAGUACAGACGUCAUGAAGGACUUUACUGUAGAGGCAUAGGGUCAGCGUGAAGGCUGGUUUUGUAGCUGAACUCCCUGCUCUGAGGGAGGAGCGUAACAGAGACGCUGUAAGCCUGUACUGGCUAAAGUAGGUUUUAUGAACCGAUAAUAAUGUCGUGUUGUAAAUUGUGUUGCUUUUUAUCUUCUGAAAAAAAAAGAAAAUUUGACACUUUUGUCUAAUGGGCAUACGGGCGUGACUGUCACAUGACCUCCUGUGGGUUACGGUGCGGCUUUUGAUGAAGGUUAUGGAUUUUUUUUCUCUCCUGUGUUUCAGUGCUGUUUCAAACACACACUCGUCCACUUCCACUCUUUAUUCUCACAAACGAUCCAGAAAACAUCAAGAACAACUGAGUUUUAUUUUACUAAACCCUUCUGAAAACUCAAAACAUUACAAUCCAGAAGUAAAAUCUGUCAUGCUCUGGCUUGAAGGCUUCCAUUCAGGAGCUUCUGGUUUCUUUUAAACACCAUCAAAAGCCAGAAGGACCUUCUCUGUCAUGAGCAGAUGAUGGAAAUGAGGAACCAUUUGGAAGUCCAGACCAUUACAGUCCACCAGGAGCACAUUAAAUCCCAUUAGGCAGCAGUCCACCCUCUGUAUAUCAGUGGAAAUGGUUUGUUGUGAAGAUAUGGUGAGUGUUGUAUAGAGGAUGUUAGACAAAGUGCUCCAGGGUUCUUUAGGAACCAGCCUGAAACACAGGGAAUGUAAAUUUAUAUGUUUUGGAAUGUUUUAACAUCUUGCGUCUGCUGGAACAUAAGUGUCAAAGGUUAAUGUACGGUUUUUAAACUUAUAUCUAAUUGUUGUUGUCGUCAUUGUUGUUGUUGUUUAAAUGUAGACCAAACUGAAGAGAUAAAAACCUGAACGAAUCUUUUAAUUGCCACAUGAAGUUUCUCCAGAGUAUCAUCAUCACUUCACACGUAUUAUUAUUAUUAUUAUUAUUAUUAUUAUUAUUAUUAUUAUUAUUAUUAUUAUUAUUACUGUGUUUCUUCUCUUUAAUACAGCUUUAAUACAUAAAUCAGGUGACAGUCAGGAAGAGUGUGUGAGUGUGUGUGGGGGGGGGCGGUGAGGGCUUGUUCUGUUCAGAUGGUGUGUGUUUUAAUCACACACGCUGUCUCCUAAAUGAGACAUAUUUCUCAGAUUUAUGACACAGAAGAGACAUUCACUACUGCGUAUGACAUAUUGUUCAUAUUUUAUAUCGGAAAUUUUUUUAAAUAAAGUUGAUGAAGUGAAAA